AUGGUGCGCACAUGGUCCCCCGGUGUUCAGGCGACUCCCAGGCGCAGUCGCGCUGUUCCCUCCGUCUCUCGCAGCCGAUACUCUGCUCGUCUCAAACAUGCGUGCCAGGAAGGAUCAAUGUCCCGUCGUCCCAACACCCCUGUUGAGUGUCGCAGGUGUCGGGAGGAACGCUGUGUGUUUCUGCGACUCGUCUUCAAACAAGGUCAUGCGGGAGAGUGGAUCUCCAUAUGUCGUAUUUGCGACGAUCUAUGGUACCCGCCUCAAGAUCUACCGCCUGCCGAGCAGGUUGCGCGCAUCGAAGAAAUUCGUGCAGAUGAUGAAAGGAUUUGCGGUGAUGGCAAGCUAGCAAAAGUCCUCCAGAGGACAUUCAAUAAAGAAGCGAAAAUUUCGGGACGCGGAGGCGCUCGAGAAAAGACCGUGGCGCAAUUCAGCCAGUCGCAAGGUACUACGAUGAGCGAAGGUACUGAGGGAGGAAGUAGCCCGGUGUGGGGUGGUCACACAUUGACGAGUCCGGUGCCGUCGAUGGAUGACUUCUUCGGGGAGGGAGCGGAGGAUUCACAGGACGAGGGAGGGGGGGUCUUGCACACAAACAACGGUCUCGACCGCUGGGUUCGAGUCGUUAUGUGGACAGCCGCUAAUGCUACGCCAGAAAUAGUGUUGUGCAAGGCUCCAUAUUCGUUCUUCAAAUUCACGGAGCACAGGCGCAUCAUGGCAGAAAUGGGUUUGCGUCGGGAUCAACGGUGGGACCGAUGGAAUGGAGAGGAGUGUAGGUGGGAGAUCUGUUUGAACAUUGACAAGGAGAUUUGGGUGAGUGAGCGGGAACAUUCUAUUUUGGGCCGUCUAGCUGGGACUCCGGGGUGCGUAGGGUUGGGUGCAGAGAUCCAGCGAUUGGCGGAUGGGAUCGAGGGAGCGAAGGUGGGCGAAGACAGUCUGGUUGUGGAGCACAAAAGUGUCGGUGUACAGGCAGGAGAGGUGGGUAAUAAGCGGGCUGGGAAAAAACGGGGGAUUGAGGAAGUGGAGGUUAUGGAAGGGUCGUCUGGAUUGUCGAUUGACGAGAAGGAAGUGGUCGCGGGACGGAAGGCACACGCAGCCGCAAAGGGCAAGCGCACGAUCAAUGUCUAUCGUGCUAUAUCAGAGGCCCCAGUCGCUGAUGAACUUGUGACACCGCAUUUGAUUAUAGAAGACGGAAAAGAGAUUUAUGAUCUCACAUGGGAAUGGUGA